CUCUCUCUCUCUCUCUCUCUCUCUCUCUCUCUACAGUAACACACUCCCAAACCCAACUCACUCAAAACUGACAAACAACUCUCCCUCGUUUUCAUCGACACCCCCCUUCUUCAAAUCUUCCCCCACCCACUCUCUCUCUCCUCUCUCUACAUUCUCUCUCUCUCCCCUCUAUCUCUCCGCAGAAGAACCUCAUCGAUCAGGAUUUCAAUUCAACACUCAUUUUCGAGGUGGGUUUAAUUGAUCUGAAAAUGGACUCCGCUACCAUGACUUUUCGCAGCAACUCUAUUCGCUCAACUCCUGGUUUAUUCAUGGGGAGAACAUCUGGAAUUAGGAGCUCCCAGUGCAGCUUCAUUGCAGGAAAUAGAGUUAACUUCCCCCGACAAAGGGUUCAGGCUUCUCGAGUUGGUCGCAAAUCUGGCAAGCAUGGGGGAGCUCUUACUGUUACAUGUCGUGAUGAUAAAAUUCUGGUGGCUAACAGAGGAGAGAUUGCUGUUCGUGUGAUUCGUACUGCCCAUGAGAUGGGGAUCCCUUGUGUUGCGGUUUACUCAACAAUAGAUAAAGAUGCGCUCCAUGUUAAACUCGCUGAUGAAUCUGUCUGCAUUGGAGAAGCACCAAGCAGUCAAUCUUACUUGGUGAUUCCGAAUGUCUUAUCUGCUGCCAUCAGCCGUGGGUGUACUAUGCUGCAUCCUGGAUAUGGUUUCCUUUCUGAGAAUGCUGUUUUUGUUGAGAUGUGCAGAGAGCAUGGAAUCAACUUUAUUGGACCAAAUCCUGACAGCAUUAGAGUCAUGGGUGACAAAUCUACUGCUAGGGAUACAAUGAAGAAUGCUGGAGUUCCAACUGUCCCUGGAAGUGAUGGAUUGCUACAGAGUAACGAAGAAGGAAUUAGGCUUGCGAAUGAGAUUGGUUACCCUGUCAUGAUCAAGGCCACCGCCGGUGGAGGAGGACGUGGAAUGCGCCUUGCUAAAGAACCUGAUGAGUUUGUAAAGUUGUUGCAGCAAGCUAAGAGUGAGGCUGCAGCUGCAUUUGGUAAUGAUGGUGUUUACCUGGAGAAGUAUAUCCAGAACCCAAGGCAUAUUGAAUUUCAGGUUUUGGCCGACAAAUUUGGGAAUGUCGUGCACUUUGGAGAGCGUGAUUGUAGUAUUCAGAGAAGAAACCAGAAGUUGCUAGAAGAAGCACCUUCUCCUGCAUUAACACCGGAGUUGCGAAAAGCCAUGGGUGAUGCAGCAGUAGCAGCGGCAGCCUCCAUAGGUUACAUAGGUGUUGGUACAGUCGAGUUUCUUUUGGAUGAAAGAGGUUCCUUUUACUUCAUGGAGAUGAACACUAGGAUCCAGGUGGAGCAUCCAGUUACAGAAAUGAUAUCCUCAGUUGACCUAAUUGAGGAACAGAUUCGUGUGGCUAGAGGAGAGAAACUUCGUUACGCACAGGAAGAUAUUGUGCUCAGUGGGCAUUCGAUUGAAUGCCGUAUUAAUGCAGAAGAUGCUUUCAAAAACUUCAGACCUGGACCAGGAAGAAUAACUGCUUACUUGCCAGCUGGAGGUCCAUUUGUGCGAAUGGAUAGCCAUGUUUAUCCAGAUUAUGUAGUUCCACCAAGUUAUGAUUCACUACUUGGAAAGCUUAUUGUCUGGGCUCCAACUAGAGAAAGAGCAAUCCAGCGCAUGAAGAGGGCUCUUAAUGAAACCACCAUUACAGGUGUUCCAACAACAAUUGAAUACCAUAAACUUAUCCUUGAAAUUGAGGACUUCAAAAACGGAAAGGUGGAUACAGCUUUUAUCCCAAAACAUGAACAAGAACUUGCUGCGCCCCUGCCAAGUCAACCCUUGACAUCUCAGAUAGAACUGGUCAACGCAUCUUCUUGAGGAGCAAAAGUAAGCUUUCUCUUUGAGUUCUCAACCUGGAUAAAUCGGUUUCCAACAAAGAUAGUUACUUAUUCGAUAGAUGCGCGCUUUUUUUUUUUUUUACAUGUAUUCAAAUGUAUGAACGGACGCGGUAUUUUAAUUUAUUUUUUCCGGUCUUUUUAUUGUCAUAAAUUAGCCUCAGUUGUAAGUGACGGAUUCAUUCAACCCAUCUGUUUUCGUGUUUGUCGAAUCUUUCUUGGUAUCGAAAAAUCAUCAUUCAAGUAGUUAUUUUAACUAGUA